AGCAGGCCGCACCCAAAGAAGCCCUUGCCCUCGCCCCCCUCCCACUCCCAGUCCCACCUCGUUCCCCACGACCUCUCCUCCUGGUGCUGCGCGCCGCACCCCGCCCCCUCCACCUCCCACUUCCACUCCUCCGCCGCUGCCACCCGCGGCACCGCCGGCCCCCCAUGGACCGCCCGCCCCCGCAGCAGCAGCAGCCCGCCGCCGGCGCCUCCUCCUACGCCAGCCCCAACCCGCCCUCCUACACGCACUCCUACCCCUCCAGCUACACCAAGUUCAACUCCGCGCUCAACGCCGGCCUCCUCAACCCCAUGUCCCCUCCGCCGCUGCCGAUCGACAAGACGCGCUCCAGCCCCACCCUCUUCGACAUGAUGGCCAACGAGCAGGACUACCAGCCCCGCUCCGCCGCCGCAGCCCACUCCGCCCCGCCGCACCCGCAUCAGCACCACAACCCCCUCGCCCCCGCGCGCUCCAUGGACAGGCAGGCGCUGCUCCAGGACCGCGUCGCCGAGCUCAUCGGCAGCUGCAGCCCCGGGAACCAGUUCAACGACGCCGACUCCUCCGACGUGCGCCUCACCCUCAGCUCCAAGGACGGCCUCUCCCUCACGCUCUGCGUGCACCGCCACAUACUCGUCGCGCACAGCAGGUUCUUCGCCGCCAAGCUCUCCGACCGCUGGUCCAAGCAGCAGCGGACGCUGCCCCACAUCGUCGAGAUCUCCGACUGCGACGACGUCGAGGUGUACGUCGAGACGCUGCGCCUCAUGUACUGCAAGGAUCUCCGUAGGAGGCUCAUGAGGGAGGAUGUGGCCAAGGUCCUUGGCAUUUUAAAGGUGUCCGCAGCCAUCGUGUUCGACGCUGGAGUGCUUUCUUGCUUGGAGUAUUUGGAGGCUGCUCCGUGGGCGGAGGAUGAUGACGAGAAAGUGGCAGCAUUGUUGACGCAGCUGCAUCUUGAGAACUCUGGCGCUGGGGAGGUUCUUAAGAGGGUCUCCCUGGAGUUGACACCUUCUGUGGUGACCGAGGAGGUAGAAAUGGGACCAAAUUGCAACGGUGGCAGUAAUGUGGGUGGUGGUGAAGAGGUGUUAGUUAGGCUCCUGCAGGUUGUCCUGGAGGGCAAAGACGAGAAGGCAAGGAGGGAGAUGAAGGGUCUGGUCUCCAAAAUGCUAAGAGAGAACAGCGCAUCGCGUGGCGGAGCCAUUGGUGGUGACCUCCGCAAGGAGUCACUCUAUUCGGCAUGCAAUGGCUGCCUGUGCCUGCUGCGUGAGCAAUUUGUGAGGGCUGCAGGAGGUGACCAAUCGGAGGUGCCACAGAUCGCUAGGCAGGCUGAUAACCUGCAUUGGGUGCUUGACAUCCUUGUUGAGCGGCAGAUUGCUGAGGACUUCUUGAGGACAUGGGCAAUACAGAAUGAGUUGGCAGAGAUGCAUGGUAAAGUCCCGGCUAUACAUCGCUAUGAAGUGAGCCGAGUGACGGCGAGGCUUUUCGUCGGGGUUGGCAAAGGGCAGAUCUUAGUGUCCAAAGAGGCCCGCUCCCAGCUCCUGAGUACCUGGCUUGAGCCCUUCUACGAAGACUUUGGGUGGAUGCGGCGAGCAUGCAAGGGGCUUGACCGGCAUUUGAUUGAGGAUGGGCUGGCAAACACGAUCCUGACACUGCCGCUUGCUACUCAGCAGGAGAUCUUGCUUGCCUGGUUUAAUCGGUUCCUCAACUCUGGGGAGGACUGCCCAAACAUUCAGAGAGGCUUCGAGGUAUGGUGGCGGCGUGCAUUCUGGAAAAGGAGUGCCGAACCAGAGCAACCACCCCGUUUGAGAAUUACAGCAAUCUGUGAUAAUUCUUGAUGAAGUUGUUGGCCCAACUUGGAUAUGAAGGGUGGCUGAUGUUUGGAUAUAAAGGUUAGUUCCGUGGGAUCUGUAGUUGUGUUCUGACUGUCUUGUUGAGUUCUCUGUUACAUCUGUUUGGUUCUAGGCAAAUUAAUUAUACACGAGUAUGUUCAUCUUGUUCAUCGUGGGGUAGAUUGUUUAUUGCCUAUUAUAGCAGCUUAUCACAGCAGGCACAUGCCUCAAAUUCAUUGCGGAACACACCUCUUAAUUCUUCUUUGUUGUCAGUGUUUGUAUACUUGCCAUCUCAAUCUGAAUACAUUUUGAAGGCCAA